CUAUCCCAUGCAAGUAAGUUGUGUGGAGAUAGAAAAGUUAGAGCAUCAGUUUAAAGACAAACAAAAGUAAAUUCGCUUAAUUAAUCAUUCCAAUUGAUGAACUUAUUGCUCACGAAUGUUUUUUUGUGCAUUUUAAAAAUUUUAUUCUGCCUUUUCAUCAUAAGCUUAAAUGGAGAGACUACUCAGCUUAGGUGGCAGAGUCCAAGGAUUGGGCCAGGUAUGCUAAUUUUUUAACAUUUUGUCUUGCUUUAUAUUAUGACUUUAUCAACUGGGUUUCAUAUAAGCAAUAUUGAGUAUAUACUUUAAAAUAUCUAGUUCAAAAGAUUUUUAAUUUCUUUUUUUUUUUCCUCUCAUUUUGUCAAAAAUUCAUGAACUGAUGAUUUAGAAGUCAUUAUAAAUUGUUUUUAAAUUAAUUUAUUAAUUUGAACAUUUUCCGCUUAAAGAAGGAAUUUAUGCUGGCAAUUUUUUUAAUAUUGGAAUUUCAGAAUGUAUAAUUAUUAAAGGAAGUUUAAAUAAAACAUACUUCAUUUAAAAUGGUGUACAAUUUAUUAAUAACUUUUAUUUUGGAUAUUUUGAAGCAUUUUCAAAAUAAUGAUUUAUUAUUUUUUUAUUUAGUUUAGAAAGAGCUAAUGUUUUUAUCAAGUAACAUCCUGUGAUUUUCUCAUUUCAGGGAAGCCCACCAACAGAUGCACCUGUUGUUGAUACAGCAGAACAAGUGUACAUUUCAUCACUUGCUUUGCUUAAGGUUUGUAAAAAUGCCCUUUUUUAUAUUUAAAAAAAAAAUUGAAUUCCCUUCUUUUUACAAAAAUCCUAAAUAAAAUUGUUAAUGUUUACAAUGCAACAUUACCAUUUGUUUUUGGUUUCAUAAAUAAUUAGAAAAAUGGAGAUUUUAAAUAAUACAUUUUUUUUUUUUUAUUAUUCAAAGAUGUUAAAGCAUGGGCGUGCAGGCGUCCCUAUGGAAGUGAUGGGCUUAAUGUUGGGAGAGUUUGUUGAUGAUUACACAGUCCGUGUCAUUGACGUUUUUGCCAUGCCUCAAUCUGGAACUGUGAGUUACGAUUUCAUUUUGUACUACCAUUCUCAAUUACCAGUAUCCAAAAAUUUGGAAUCAUGGGAAGUGAACACCACGUCAAGUUUUAUAGUUUUCAAAAAAAGUUUUUUGCUACAUCACUUGUAACACUAUGAAAUUAUCGUUUAGAGUAUAAGAAUCUUUAUGUUUAGUUUGUCACUAAGAUAAAUAAAGUAGAUUUUAUACUUUUGUUUAACACUGUUUUUAUUGCAAAGAUAUUUAAGUUUGAAUUAUACUUUGUUUUUUUUUUCCAAGGGUGUAAGUGUAGAAGCUGUUGAUCCUGUUUUUCAAGCUAAAAUGUUAGAUAUGCUACGUCAGACUGGAAGGUGAGAUCAUUUUAAAUAAUAUUUGGCACUUCAGCUAUUCAUGAAUGAAUUCAUAUUAGCUACCAAAACACAGAAAUUUAUCCCUUUCAGAUUAGAGUUGUGAUGUUCAUGGCUGCAAUGUAUCGUUUAAAAAAAAAAGUUAUCAGUCUCAACAUUGAAAUUUAAAAAAAACAACAAAUAAGUAUUAUGAUUGCACUCUCAUUUUAAUUCCUUUUUUUAAAAUCUGAAUGACCCUAAAACUUUGAAUAUCAUUUUUAUGUGCAAUUUCUUGCUACAUCAAACUGCACUUGUUAUUUUUAAGUAGUGAUUGUACUUUUGUUUGUCCUUACUUUUUUUAUUUUCAUGAUUAAUAUACCAGUGUUACCUAGCAUUCAGAUACCUUAGUUGUUAUGUUAAGUACAACGAAUAUUUUUCCUUUUUGAAAAAAUAUAUUUAUUUAUUUAAGUUAUAAAUGUUGCAAACCCAAUUUUAAAAAUUAUGUCACCACAAUUUAAGUUCUUUAUGAAAUAGGCGAGACUUUUAAAUAAAAACUUAUUUAAAUAACCAAUUGUUUCAGGCCUGAGAUGGUAGUUGGUUGGUAUCACUCUCACCCCGGCUUUGGCUGCUGGCUGUCUGGUGUAGAUAUAAACACACAACAGAGUUUUGAAGCAUUGUCUGAGAGGGCCGUAGCUGUUGUAGUGGAUCCCAUACAAAGUGUUAAAGGAAAGGUACAAAUACUUAUCAAAAAGCAGUUGAUUCACAAUCGUUAGGUCAACGUGUGGUGAAGUUGUAUUGAUAAAUUAUUUUUAUUUUGUGACUGUUUUUUUCAAAAGUAACAGUAAAAAAUAUAAAUCAGGUCAUCUAGUUCAACUUAACUUGUCAUAGGUUGUCAUAGAUGCCUUCCGUCUUAUCAACCCCAACAUGAUGGUUCUUGGUCAGGAACCUAGACAGACAACAUCUAAUUUGGGUCAUCUCAACAAACCUUCUAUUCAGGUAUGUAUAUUUAUUUUUACAUGCAUGUCUCUUUUUUAAUUAUUCAACAUUAGUUAACAAAUUGCACAGAAAACUAAUCCAUUCAUGUAUUAUCUAUGUGGGGGAAAUACUGUUUUAUUUUUUUCUUCAAGAUAUUUUUUUUGCUCCAAUAUUCUUAACCCAUUCAAUUCUGGGCACUCAUAAAUGUUAUCAUUUGAAACCCCAGCCAAUGGGAAGAGCUCCACCCUUACUGUAUAAAGGUUUAGAAAAAAAAAUUUUAACAAAUCUAUUUAACAGUAUAUUUAUAUGAAAUAAAUUGAUUUGCAUUCAUAAAGGGUUACUUUAUAUUUCGUGUAACAUUAUUUCCCAAUGCUUUUGUUGUGUAAAUUCUUAAAAGUCAAUUUUUGACGAAGUACUUGACUACUAAUUAUCAUAACAUUAAAUCGCUAAGAUAAAAAAUCACCUUUUAAAAUAAUGAAAACUACUCACCCAAUUAAUAAAAAUAAAAAAACAACAGUAAUCUCUUGGUCUCAUUUCUAGCGAGAUUUUCCUUUGAAUGGCCAGAUUUCUGUUUUCCACAUAGCAGCGUGUAAACAGAGUGUUGAGUGACCAGAUCAGGUCAUCUUGGGGGCUGAAUCAGCACCGGCCUGGUUUGGCAGUUAUGGGGUUGAAAAGUUAAAGAAAGACCCAAGAAAAUAAGCUGAUAAAUAGUUUAUUAUAAAACCAGAUGCUUUUUGAUUGUUAAACUGUUUAUUUAUGUGAUAGAACAUACAUUUGGAGCAUUGAAUGCAUGUUUAUAUUAAUUUAUGUUUUUGUUUACUUGAUUUUUUUUCUCAAAAAAAGUUAUUAACUUUAUCCAUAGGCACUCAUUCAUGGUUUGAAUCGACAUUAUUAUUCCAUUGCUAUCAACUACAGAAAGAAUGAAUUGGAACAAAAGGUAAUUAUAACUUGAUUUCCAAAACAGAUAGCAGUAGAGAGUGAAUUAUCCGAACCAAUGGGGACCAGGGGGUGGUUCAGAUAACCCGACUCUCCAGCAGGAAGGUUCUUUGAUGCAUAGAAUAGAAAGUCUCCUUUUUCUGGCAAUGUAAUGAGGUUGGCUUAUUGGUGUCUUGAAACCCAUUAGAACUGGAUUUUUUUUUUUUUAAGCAAAAAGAGGUCGUUUCCAAAAAGAGAUGACUGGGACUUAGAAUAAAAUCUGAGGUCUCUUUGUUUAUUAUUAUUAAAUAUAUUAAUAACAAGUUUGUAGAUUGCAUUAUACCCCUCUGGUCAAUGCCCCUCAAUGCAUGUACAAUAUGUUGUCUAGAUUCUACCUGGAUUGUGUGACAUGGGUCGGCAUUGUUUUCCGGUGUUUGUAUGCUAAUAGCUCCAUGUCAAGCGCAUUGCAUAUGAAAAUAAUAAUUUUAAAAGAUAAGGGCGGUCCAACUAACCGGCAUUUUGGAUAAUCCAUGUUCUACUGUAUAUGAACAGUGGAUCUAUCACAUACUAUAUAGUUUACUUUUCGUCUGUCUUUGAAAAAUGAACAAUAUCAGCUUCCGGAUAAGAUAAAUAAUGAGCUGGUCCACUGCUCCAACAUUAAACAGAAACUCGUCCCUCUCCCCCAUAGACAGCGACGAGGCCAUGACAGGCAAUUCUGGCUCAUACCAGCAAGAAGCCAGUAUAGAAACUGCUCAUUCCUGCCAAAGACAAUCAGGGACUGGAACAAGCUUUCAAAAGGACCAGUUGAGGCAACAACACUUGUCACAUUUCCAUCUAUUGCCUAAGGCCUUCCAACCCCUAGUGCUUGAUACCCUCACAAAGUAGCCCUUGCAACCAGUGAAAUAUCCUCAUCAACACCAGGCACAGAAACAUUGCAAAUCCCCUCUACAUGAAUAGGAGCCAAAAUGAUCAGUAAAUUGAUCGUGGGCCCUUAAUAUAUAGAAGAAGAAGAUUUCUGAAAGACAUAUUAUUUUAAUAUCCUUGUCUAAAAGCCUUACUUGAUGGCAUUAGUUGCUUUAACUAUACACUGACUGUGAAAUUUUCUUAUAUUUCAGAUGUUAUUGAAUCUCCACAAAAAGAGCUGGGUGGAUGGACUGCAGCUACAAGACUAUUCUGAACACUGUUCCCUCAAUGAGAAAACUGUUGGCGAUAUGCUGGAGCUGGCUAAAAACUAUCAUAAGGUAUAAUUUGGCAAGAAAUUUUUUUUAAUUUAAUCUGUACAGGGGAUGAAAAAUUGAGUUAACUUGCACUGGCGUGAAAGAAAAAAUAUGUCUCUGUCCUUAAAUUCUUGCUAACUGAAAUGGGAGAGAAAAGAAAUCACUUUAGUUUGGUUGGUAGAAAAAAUGCAAGAUUUAGUAAAGCUUUACUUAAAAAUAAUAGCAGUUUGAAUCUGUAUAAGUUUAUCACAUCAUUGAACAAGUAUAAUGAUACUUACUGUUACUACAGGCACUGGAAGAGGAGAAAAGAAAUCACUUUAGUUUGGUUGGUAGAAAAAAUGCAAGAUUUAGUAAAAAAUAAAAUGAGUAAAGAUUUAGUAAAGCUUUACUUAAAAAUAACAGCAGUUUGAAUCUGUAUAAGUUUAUCACAUCAUUGAACAAGUAUAAUGAUACUUACUGUUACUACAGGCACUGGAAGAGGAGGAAACUAUGACCCCUGAGCAGCUGGCCAUCAAACAUGUUGGCAAACAAGAUCCAAAGCGCCAUCUGGAGGAGGAGGUCAAUGUUGUGAUGACAAAAAACAUAGUUCAGUGUCUCGGUGCCAUGUUACACACUGUAGUCUUUAAAUAAUUCGGUUUGGGGUCAGCUGCUUUUAUACUGUUCACUUUUCUUUAUGAAAGAAGACGCGGUGCACAGACUCACUAAACUUUUUCUGUGGGGCAUCAGAGGAGAAUUUAACUAAACAACAAAUACAUUACGGCAUUAGAUUUUUAGUUUGGCAACUGGAUUAUGUUGACUUUGUUUUGAUAUUUGAUAGCUUUGAAUGGAAAAGAGGAAGAGAGGAAGAAAAAAAGAAUAAAAAAUUCUCCAAAUGGGUAGGCCUAUACGAAUAUGUAAGAAAAUAGGUUUUCAAUUAUCGUUACAUUGUUUUUGGAAAGUACUGAACUGAUACGUGCCAUGAAACAACAUGAAAUAAAAUGCAGGCAUUGGAUAAAACUUUGUACUUAGCAUAUUUUUUUUAGAGACAAAAUAUUUAUUUUGAACUCGCUUAAAAAUUAAGAAAGAGAGAGAUAAAAAAUGACGUUACAAACAAAUGUUUUAUUACGAUAUUUUAAAAUGGUUAAAUUUAAGAUAAACUCCCUUCGGUAUCAACACUAUGUCGGUGAAAGUAAUUUUUCCAUGGAUUAACUUUCAAAAGUUGUUAAUCACGAUGGCAUAAGACAAUUUAUUUCAAGGCUUCUUUUGAAGCAACACAUUUUAUUAGAAUAAUAAAACUAUUGAAUAUUAUCCAAUGUAGCUUCUUGUUCAAAGUACUGCCUCUCCUUGUUUUAAAACAUAAAUAAAACAGCGUUUGUUUCAUUUAAAAAUUCAUUUUUUUUAAAAAUCUUUUAUGUUGUAGAAGGCAUUGCAUCUCUUCAUGCUACUAACAAAUUCUUAGCACAAAAAUUGUGUUCGUGUGUAUGUGUAUAUAUUAUAUAGAUAUAUACAUAAACAAAUAAACAUGCACAUAAACAUACAUAAGUAAAAAGUAGUUUAGUGCAUCAGUAAUAUCCUAUCAGACUUGAGGGGUUUGUUAACAUUUAAAAAAUUGCUGACAUGUUUUUUUACAUGACUUGGAAUUGUAAAACUUGCUGCAAGUUAGGAAAUUACUCUGAUUAAUUUUAUGACAAAUUUUUGUGUUUAUUAAGUCGGUCAAUAAAUGAUGGCUUGAGCUAUCAGAAUUCA